GCUGUAACAUCGUGUCCUGUCAAAUGUACUUUGACACACAAUGAAGCGUAGGCAACUUCAGCCUUUAACUUUGAGUUGGAGGAAGUCGAGCUGUUUAUCUUCAGUUAAAGAAAGCAAAAGUGAAUGGGAACUUUAUGCUGUAACAGAGCAUUAGUGUCCAGGCCAGACAAGAAAUUAAGAUUCAAGCACCCUAUAAGGACCAAUGUACCCAAUAGCUCAUGGAAGAAAAAAAUCAAAUUGGGACAUCUUUGCUUUCCAGGCUACCGAAAUACGGAACGAAAACUUUAGGAAGUGUCUUGCAACCUAUGCCAAAUGGGACAGCUGUUAGUUUAGCAGGGAAUAAUGGUGGCAAGAACUUCAGCAAGCACAAUGGCACUGUUCGCAUGUCUUCCUUUUCUUUCAACUGGAAAAAAUCAAAUAAAUAUCAACUUCAUGAUCAAAAUGGGAGAGACACCAACUCUAAACAUAACUGUAACGAAAAAUUAAUUGAUUCUGAGAAGUAUUCUCAAUCUCAAGGAGCAGUGGGUAAUGAUGUGCUCAGGGUGGGUUUGAACAGUACUGCUUCGGUUGCAUCAAAAGCAGCAAAGCAAACCAAUAUGUUUGUAUCAUCUACUGAGGAAAUAAACCCAAAGUCUUUUCCUGGACUCUCUAGUUCAGCAAAAUUCACCAAAGGUACCCUGUCAGGAAGGACCUCAUAUUCUGGACUCAGUGCUCCAAAAUCACAUUUAAAUGGAUUUUAUGGAAACAGGCCGGUGGUAGGUUUGCAGAGACCUAGAGCUAAUUCCAGUGCCACAAGGACAAGUUCAGGAGAAAGCCUGGUACAAUCUACAGACAGUAGCAAGGCUUUUUCCUGUGAAAAAAUGGUAAGAUCACAAAGUUUUUCACAUUCCAUUCAGAAUUCUUUCCUUCCCACUGCAUCUUUAACCAGGUCACAUUCCUUUAAUAAAGCUGUGGAUCUUACAAGGCCUUAUCGUAGUCAAAAUCUAGCUGCCAGGACAUCUCAGAGGUCGACUUUGCUGUCAAGAAAUGCACGUCAGUUGGAUGUACCCAAUGGAAAUGAACCUAUGAAGUAUGGAUUUGCCAGGCCCUACUCCGGUAUGUCGGCUCCUUGUUCAAAGAAGCCCCCGCUGUCAAGCGGAUCUGGGUCAGCAUCUUCUUUUGGAUACAGAUUAAGUCGGCCUUCUUUGCUGAAGCCUAGCAGGCAGCGAUUUGCUGGAAAUAUCGUUGUGGAUGGCAGCAAAAGUACAACUCCUGACGCAUGCAUUGUGGAGGACUCUGAAAUUUCAACAAAUAUUAAUAGAUCAGUUGAGAAAAACAGUAUUAUAGAGAGCAGUGCUCAAAGAACAGAAUCUGAUGAGGGCCUGCAUGAAAGUAUGGGAAAACAUGGGUCAAAAGUCAUGUGUAUGAGCGAUGAUGGAGAUGAAAUAUCUAUAUCUUCUUUGUCAUCCUCUGAAAAAAAUGAUUUGAGUGAAGACUUCAGUGAUGAUUUCAUAGAUAUAGAAGACCCAAACAGAACUCUACAAAUACAGCAAAAGGAGAGCUGCCUUCAAGAGUUAGAGCAUGGGAGCAUAACGUCCAUUGAGCCGUUCACUUCUCUCAAGGAAAGUGGAGGAUCUUGCUGUAAUGCUGAUGACUGGCUUGAUAUAAACGUGUCCGCAGUGGAUGACAACAGCGGCAGCACGAAGCAUACUGCUGAGAAUGUGAUUUCUCCAGAGAUAAAUUACAGAGCUGGGUCCUCUUUUGAGCUUUCUCCAUCUGACAGCUCUGAUGGCACAUAUAUGUGGGAUGAAGAAGGGUUGGAACCUAUUGGAAGUGUCCAUCCAUGUGGAAGUUACGAAUCUUCAGAAAUGAACAGCAUAGAUAUCUUGAAUAAUCUUGAUUCAUGUGAUCUUGAAGAUGAUGAUCUCAUGCUUGAUGUGGACCUGCCUGAGGACCCACCUCAUGACAAAGAGGAAUGUGAAAACAUGAGCCGUUAUGAUAGACAGGAGAGAAAUGCUAGGCAACAUCAGGAAGGAUUCUGGAAAAGAGUACCACAACAGCGAUGGAAUACGCAGGAUCACUAUCAUCUUGGCCAUACUGAUCACUAUAUCCAUGGUAAAAAUGAUUUGAACAGGGGAUCAAACUACCUGGAAUCUCCUAUUGGUCACUUUGAAAGCUAUGGAGCACCAAAUUUUUACCAGGCUCCUAGACAGCUGGUGGGCUUACCGGAGAAUACUGUGAUGCUUGAUGAAAUGACACUUCGGCACAUGGUCCAAGACUGCACAGCUGUAAAAACUCAGUUAUUGAAACUGAAGAGAUUACUGCACCAGAAUGAUGAAAAUGUGUCGCUCCAGGACAUCCCACUCUCAGUUCCAUCGAGUCCAGAACCGCAAGAACCUGAGUCAACUUUUAAGAUGGAUGAUCUGCUGAAUGAGAUCAGGCAGCUUAAAGAUGAACUGAAGAAAAAGGAUGAAACAAUCAACCAAUUAGAGCAUCAACUUGCCACUAGAUGUAACUGCCAGAAAGACAGUCAAAAACCUACAGGGGCAACGUGCGUGUAUGCUGAUAAAUUUACGCAAACCUCCUGGAGGAGGAGUUCUCCUCAAGUACUACAGCCUUCCAGCAGCCUUCCCAGUUCCACAGACCUCGCCCAGGGAAAACUAAUAAAAAUGCCACAUAUCGAGGCCCACAGUGAAUAUCCUAAACAUGGUCUGCAUGAAAAUAGCAAUCAUCAGAAUCAAAAUGCUGCAAAUGUCUCUCUCACAAAUAGCCUGAGUGAUGUAAACACUUUGAGCAUACAGUUAAACAUAAAAGAUGAGAAUGCAUCAUAUUUGGAAAAUUUGAAAAAUAAGAAUACUGAAGACCCUGGAGAGGUGGCUAGUAAUAAAGAAGGUACAUUACCACCUCGUUCCUGUUUCCAGACCUCUACGCGAGCUGAUGCUAGAGAGGUGCAUACUGAAUUAGCUGUGAAAGGUCAGCCCUCAUUCACAAACCAGGCUUCUUGGCCAAAGACUUUAAGAAUCGCAAAGCCCCCAAAUGCUUUAGUGCCUCCAACAAUGGCCGUUCUUACACAAUCUGCAAAUCAUUCCGCUGCUUUCAAGGAACCUGAGCUUCUACCAUCAAGUAGUUCGACUCAGCUACAGCCAACAUCUGGUCAGGAUAACCUAAAGGGUAAACAGAGUCAGAAAGUGUCUAAACUUCGCCCACCAACUAUGUCUUUUGUUAAAUCUAAGCAAAUGAGCAGUCAGAAAUCCACACCAGUAUCUGCAGAGCCUCAAAACACCUGUUUGAAGACUAACAUCCCAAAGCCACUGGUACAGAGAAAGGAAAAUGUGCAAACACAGAAUACCGGUUUGCAUGCUGGGGAUAGUUUACCCUCUAAUCGGCAUUCCCGCCUCCCUAAACCAAAGACACAUUGAGAACAUACCUACAUCUCAUUGAAUGAUGCCAUACAUUAAACUACUUCCUGUGUAUUGACUGCCUUUGAGGCUGCUCUAUCUACAGCCUGCAAAUCCUGAGUGAAUAUUAAAAAUAUCAUCUUUCUUUAGUGUUUGCAUACUCCAUCCUCGUACGGUCUGAGGCUCAUGAGCUUGUGCGGCUUCUCUUGGGAGUGUUUUAUUAUAUCGUAGGUCUGUAUUAAAGAUUGUAUUGCCCAAUGAUCUUAAUAAUUAAGCAAAUACUGAAGGCUGUGGUGACCACAAAUUCCAGAAUGCUGCACUAUGUGUUUCAGGAUGGCAGAAAUAAUUUCUUACCUCUGUUGAUUUAUUAGUCAAUGAAAUUACUAUUCAGUUAACUACUUGGUUCUGAGUACUCGUUAGGUUAGAGUGGUGGAAAAUUAGACUUACUAGCAGAUGUUUUAUUGGCCAUAAUUCUGACUCUGUAUUCCAGAGGCCUAUGCAAAAAUCCUUGUAUUUAUCAUUAUCUCAAGACUGAAAUAUUUAAUGUUAUUUAAUCUGAUGGGUUGGGUGCGUUGUGUUCUGAUGGGUUGGGUGGGUUGUGUUGUUUUGUUUUGCUGUAAUCUGAAGUUGCUCUGUUCUUUAUUUAUCCCAUUUUCACUGUUCACAGACAAUAAGCAGAUUUCACAGGGUGAAAAGAAUCUUCUCUUUUAAACAUCAUCAUUUGUUAAAAAAUUGUGGUAUGAUUUUUAUUGUGUUGAAUAGACACGUUACCGGGUAGAUUGUUGAAACGCAGUGCUAAGGAUGCUUGUGCAAAACCUUCCAAUACAGGCUCUUAUGAAUUGAUAAGUACGGAGCCUCUGGGAAUUAAGGGGUCCAUAACACCCAUGUCGAGGUUGCACAACAUGCAUUUUAAUUAAUAUUUUUUAAUUUUUAUUGUGCUACUUGUAUUUAUUGGUUUCUGUUUAAUAUUUGAAAGACUCUAAAGUACCUGACUUGAAAUUUUGCACAAACUUUGCCAUAUAUGUAAGGAUUUGAAAGUAUUUUACAGAAUAAAACUUGUAUUAAAAAAGCAACUAUUUAAAAAAAAAAAAAUUAACCCCACUUACUUGCUUUGAGCAAUCCUAUUAUGUCCUAAUCCAGAGCUGGUACUCUUAAGAGUUUUUCAGAGAUGUGUCUUUUGUUUUUGGGUU